CCCUGGCCGAGCGGCUGCUGGCGGGCCAGCUGAGAGGCGCAAAUGGUCCUGGAGCUGCGGCUGGCGCGCCUCGGAGUCUCUCGGCUCGCUCGGCUGGCGUCCACGGCCCCACGCGUGCACGUGCCGUCCGGCGCGCGGACGGGAGCAGCUGCGCUCGCGCUCGGCGAGUUGCGGCUGAUUUCGGCGGGUGGCAAACAGCUGGGUGUGAUGGCGCCGCAGCAGGCUCUCGCGCUCGCCCGGACAGAGGGCCUCGAGCUUGCCGAGAUGGCGCCAAACGCCGUGCCGCCCGUCUGGCGGCUCGUGGCGCCUGAUGCAUUGGCACCCGCCACUGCGGCGGCCGGAACGCCACUUCCGCCGCCGGCGGCGGCGGCAGCGGCGGCGGCCGGCGACGCGGACGCGCGACGCGCGGAGGCGCUGCAGCGACGAAGGCGGCUGGGCAAGGCGCCGCGCGUCAAGGAGGUGCGGCUGCUCGACCGGUGCCAGGAGCACGACGUUGGGGUCAAGAUCAAGUCGACGCUCGGCUUCCUCUCCAAGGGGAACGUGGUCAAGGUCACGGCCGCCUCCGCGGUGCGCCCCGAGGGCGGUUCCGCGUCGCUCGCGCGCGCGACCGAGCUCGUGGAGCGCUUCAUUGCCGAGGCGAAGCCGCUCGCCUCCUCCACCGGCCUCGCCAAGUCUGAGGGCUUUGUGGCGACGACGCUCGAGCCGAGGGAAGCGCCGCCGUGACCGGCCGUUUCUGCGGAUUGGAUUUACGCAUCGGUCUCUACUAAGGGGUGAAAAUAAAACGUCCAGGAUAUGCACAUCUCUUAGGAGAGGGUCUCACGAAACCAAAAGACCAGCCGUUUCGUGCUCAGAGAGCACCAGAGCUCAGCGCGAGAACCUCGACGGAUGUGUUUGAUGAUUGAUCAUUGAUGUGCGCGGAGACGAGAGGUGUCAGAGGAAGAGAGCUCAGCUGAGUGAAAUAGUGAAAAUCACAGUAU